CUCAUACCUUGCAAGCUGCUUCUCCCAUGUGAGGUUCCUCACCCACAUCUGCAAUAGCAAAAGCAACAGGACGCCAUCCAACACAUGGACUCAGCCCUUUAUGCGUUGCAGAGCUAUUUGCUCUUGGGGACAGAAGCUGACAGUGGCACUCACAGCACAGGCUUCUUAUGGGUCUAGCAGCCUCUGUGGCAUCUCCUGUCACAUUGGGAAAAUGAAGAAUUCCAGGACACGGGCUUGGAGGGCACCGGUGGAGCUAUUUCUUCUCUGUGCUGCCCUGGGCUGUCUCAGUUUGCCUGGCUCCAGAGGUGAAAGGCCAUAUUCCUUUGAGUCAAAUGCAGUCAACAAGAGCUUUGCUAAGAGCAGACAGACGCGGAGUGUGGAUGCUACCCUGAUGCCCAUUGAUUGUGAGCUGUCUAGUUGGUCCUCUUGGACCACAUGUGACCCCUGUCAGAAGAAAAGGUACAGGUAUGCCUACUUGCUCCAGCCCUCUCAGUUCCAUGGGGAACCGUGCAACUUCUCUGACAAGGAAGUCGAAGACUGUGUUACCAACAGACCAUGCAGAAGUCAAGUGCGAUGUGAAGGCUUUGUGUGUGCACAGACAGGAAGGUGUGUAAACCGCAGACUUCUUUGCAAUGGGGACAAUGACUGCGGAGACCAGUCAGAUGAAGCAAACUGUAGAAGGAUUUAUAAAAAAUGUCAGCAUGAAAUGGACCAAUACUGGGGAAUUGGCAGUCUGGCCAGUGGGAUAAAUUUGUUCACAAACAGUUUUGAGGGCCCAGUUCUUGAUCACAGGUAUUAUGCAGGUGGAUGCUCCCCACAUUACAUCCUGAACACGAGGUUUAGGAAGCCCUACAAUGUGGAAAGCUACACGCCACAGACCCAAGGCAAAUACGAAUUUAUAUUGAAAGAGUAUGAAUCGUACUCAGAUUUUGAACGCAAUGUCAUAGAGAAAACGGCAAGCGGGUCUGGUUUCAGUUUUGGUUUUAAAAUAUCUGGAAUAUUUGAACUUGGCAUCAGUAGUCAAAGUGAUCGAGGCAAACACUAUAUUAGGAGAACCAAACGAUUCUCUCAUACUAAAAGCAUGUUUCUGCAUGCACGUUCUGACCUUGAAGUAGCACAUUACAAGCUGAAACCCAGAAGCCUCAUGCUCCAUUACGAGUUCCUUCAGAGAGUUAAGCGGCUGCCCCUGGAGUACAGCUAUGGGGAAUACAGAGAUCUCUUCCGUGAUUUUGGGACCCACUACAUCACAGAGGCCGUGCUUGGGGGCAUUUAUGAAUACACCCUCGUCAUGAACAAAGAGGCCAUGGAGAGAGGAGAUUAUACUCUUAACAACGUCCAUGCCUGUGCCAAAAAUGAUUUUAAAAUUGGUGGUGCCAUUGAAGAGGUCUACGUCAAGCUGGGCGUGUCCGCAGGCAAAUGCAGAGGUAUUCUGAAUGAAAUAAAAGACAGAAACAAGAGGGACACCAUGGUGGAGGACUUGGUGGUCCUGGUACGAGGAGGGGCAAGUGAGCACAUCACCACCCUGGCAUACCAGGAGCUGCCGACAGCGGACCUGAUGCAGGAGUGGGGAGACGCUGUGCAGUACAACCCAGCCAUCACCAAAGUUAAGGUGGAGCCUCUGUAUGAACUAGUGACAGCCACAGAUUUUGCCUAUUCCAGCAAAGUGAAGCAGAACAUGAAGCAGGCACUGGAGGAGUUCCAGAAGGAAGUUAGUUCCUGCCACUGUGCUCCCUGCCAAGGAAAUGGAGUCCCUGUCCUGAAAGGAUCACGCUGUGACUGCAUCUGUCCUGUUGGAUCCCAAGGCCUAGCCUGUGAGGUCUCCUAUCGGAAGAAUAUCCCCAUUGAUGGGAAGUGGAAUUGCUGGUCAAAUUGGUCUUCAUGCUCUGGAGGACAUAAGACAAGACAAAGGCAGUGUAACAAUCCACCUCCUCAAAAUGGGGGUAGCCCCUGCUCAGGCCCUGCUUCAGAAACACUUGACUGCUCCUAGCAGAUGAUACAGCAGUGGGCUAAAUACAGUGAGAGCCCUGAGCCCUCAAGAACUCAGGUCAGCUCAGCCCUAUACCAGUUUCCACCUGGAGUUCAUGCAAGGGCAUGAGGCAAAAGGCAGUGCCAUGCAAGCUGUUUACAAUAAAGAUGUUAGCUUGUAAAAUGCAAGUUGAUUUAAAUAAAUACUGAGUUAAAGGCUUAAGCAUCUUUGUAAUUCUCACCUUAUUCACUCUACAAUUUUAUUUCACUCAUAUUGACUACCAGCCAGGAAUUGUGUUGGAAGUCAUUCACAUUUCAGUUCCACUCUCUAGCCGUGACUGGCAUAAAUAGGUGCUUAAUAAUGAAUCAAUGAAUAAAUAUUAAUGCAUUCUUUCCUUGAUGUGUACAAGGUCUUGUUCAAUAAUAAUGGUAGUUCCUGUUUAUUGGAUGACUACUAUGUGUCAGCCAUGGACUCUGUGUAUUAAUCCCUUCCAUCCUCAUGACAACCUUAUAAGGUAGAUGCUAGAACAGCUGGGGGGAACUGAGGCUUAGAACACUUAAGCAAUUUGUCCACUGUUACACAGUUAGAAAGCGGCAGACCUGGGCUACAAAGUCAGGCUCUAGAGUUUUAAAUUCUUAACUAUCAUGCUCUCUUACCUCUCAGUAAAUGAGUAUCUGAUUAACAAAGAAUUUUUCAUGAAAUAAAAUGCAGCAGAAAUU